UAGAAGUAAGCAGUUAGGUUUCAAACCAGCAUCGAAGAAGGAACAACAAAGAUACUCUUACUAUAUAAUCAUAACUACGAAAUAUAGUGAGAAAAUCAUUUCUAUAUCAAAAGAAAAUCUUCAAUUAAACUUUGUUCACUAAACGAGGAUAUCAUGUCUAUCAAAUUGAGAAGCGUUCUCAUAAGUGAUCCGGUGGACGAGUCCUGCAGCUCUCUUCUUUCGGAAUAUGGCAUUCCUGUAAUUACAAAAUACAAACUUUCGAAAGACGAACUUAUUAAGGAACUACAGAAUCACGAUGCUCUAAUUGUACGUUCAGAAACGAAGGUCACUGCUGAUAUAAUAUCGGCCAGUUCAAAUCUUCGUGUAAUAGGUCGUGCUGGAACUGGAGUGGAUAACAUUGAUCUUGAAGCAGCAACACGCAAGGGAAUUCUCGUAUUAAAUACGCCAGGUGGUAACAGUAUAAGCGCUUGCGAGUUAACAUGUUCGAUGAUAUGUGCAUUACCACGUAACAUAGUUCAAGCAGGCCAAUCAAUAAAAGAAGGAAAAUGGGAUAGAAAAUUGUAUUCCGGUUUUGAAUUGUAUGGUAAAACAUUAGCAGUCUUGGGUAUGGGUAGAAUUGGUCGAGAAGUUGCAUUGAGAAUGAAAUCUUUUGGUAUGAACAUCAUUGCUUUUGAUCCAUUGCUGAAGAAGGAAGUUGCCGAAUCUCUUGGUUUUAAAAAAAUUACAUUGGAUGAAGCAUGGAAAGUUGCCGACUACAUUACUGUGCACACGCCGUUAAUCCCAAAAACGAGAAAUCUGAUAAACGCUACGACAUUGGGAAAAUGUAAGAAAGGUGUGUACAUUAUAAAUGUAGCUCGAGGUGGUAUAGUCGAUGAAGAAGCACUUUUAAAUGCAUUGAAAAGUGGUCAAUGUAGUGGUGCAGCCUUGGACGUGUUUACGGAAGAACCACCUAAGAGUCCAACUCUUAUCGAGCUUAUUAAACAUCGUAAUGUUAUAGCUACUCCACAUUUGGGAGCUAGUACUGCCGAAGCUCAGCAACGUGUCGCUGUUGAGAUAGCUCAACAAUUUUUGGCAUUAGCCGAGAAAACUACGGAAUAUUCCGUAAAUGGUAUCGUCAAUGCUCCUCUUUUAGCUGCAGCAAUGAUGGAAGAUAAUGCACCUUGGAUAGAAUUGUCGAAGAAGCUCGGCCAGUUAGCAGCAAGGCUCGUUCAAAGGAAAUUAAAUACACCUGUGCAUAGUCAAACUAUUGGCCCGGAUAUGGAAGACAAAAAAUUUAUUCACACGUCUGUAUUAGUUGGUAUACUUACAGGUCAAACGAAAAAUGGUUUGAAUUUGAUCAAUGCACCGAUUUUGGCUGAAGAUAUUGGUGUUGAUCUCAAGGAUAGUCAUCUGCCAGGUAAUCACAGAGCGGUAUUGGUUACUGUUGGAUCGCAUCAAAUUAAAGGAACGAUUCGUGAUAACCAACCAUUAUUAGUCUCUGUCGAUGAUGCUCUCUUUCCAAAUGACAUAGCACUGACGAAUCAUAUCUCUCUCUACCGUGCUAAAAGUGUACAAAAUGUGGCCGAUAUUGUUAAUGUAUUUUCAUCAAAAGGUAUUAAUAUAAGCGGUUUAAAUGCCAACGGCAACUGGAUAGUCAUACAAACUAAUCAAGAAGUCUCUAUUCCUGUUGAUGGCAUUGAAAGUUUUUAAAAUGCAUUAUGCAUUUAUUCAGAACUCUAUUAGUCUCACCUAGACUCCUGUUGAAUGAUUAUCCCAAAAAAACAAUGGAAUCGUUAGUUUCGUUUCUUCGAUCAUCUCAGUCACGAAUUCGUGAUCUCAGUAUUUUAGAAAUUUCUUAUCUGAAAAGAGAAUAACAUAAUGGCAAAUUAUAUUAAUUAUAAAAACAAAAAAAAAACUUUUAUUUAAACCAAAAAACUUGUGUAGUUUAUCGUAUGAAAAAUUGAGACAAACGAGCUCAAAAUUGUACAUAAUUAUACAUAUAUAAAUAUAUAUAUUUGAAUAUGUUACAAACAAAA